UCUCUUCCUCCUUCCCCUUCUUCCCCUAAGCAGCCAGCUGCAUUGGCCUUGGCAAAGGCUGGGAUCCCCUCCCCACGCCCACCCUUCCCCCAGCCAUCCCUACCAGUGGCUGACACUGUGAUGAAUUCAGCAGCACAGCCUGCUCUGUGUCUCCCUCUUUCUUCCUUUCUCCCUCUCCCUCUCUCUUUCUCUCUGUAGCUGUGCAUGUGUGUGCGCUCUCUCGUGUGCCUGUGUGCCAGCGAACAAGAGAGAGAGAGAGAGAGAGAGUCUCUAUGUGCCUCAGCCUCCUCCGAAAAGCGGCAGUGGAAGCAGGCGAAGGAGGUGGGGACCAUGCAGCUGCCCCAACUCUUGGGCCCCCCUGCCAGCCGGGUCCCCCUGGUUUGGAUGCCAGCCGGCUCCAAGUUCCUCUGCAUCGAGAUGAAUCGCCCAAUCCAAGUGAAGCCAGCAGACAGCGAAGGCAGAGGAGAAGACAGGAAGCUCUUUGUGGGCAUGCUGGGAAAGCAGCAGAGCGAGGACGACGUCCGGCGGCUUUUUGAACCCUUCGGCCAGAUCGAAGAGUGCACCAUCCUCAGAGGCCCCGAUGGAGCCAGCAAAGGAUGUGCCUUUGUCAAAUACGGAAGCCAUGCGGAGGCCCAAGCGGCUAUCAGCAGCCUCCACGGCAGUCAGACGAUGCCGGGAGCAUCCUCCAGUCUGGUGGUGAAGUUUGCCGACACAGACAAGGAGAGGACCCUGCGGCGAAUGCAUCAGAUGGCAGGACAGCUGGGGAUCUUUAAUCCCAUGACCAUCCAGUUCGGAGCCUAUGGAGCAUAUACGCAAGCGAUAAUGCAGCAGCAGGCAGCUCUGAUGGCUGCAGCACAAGGAACUUGCCUCAACCCCAUGGCGGCCAUUGCGGCCGCCCAGAUGCAGCAGAUGGCCGCCUUUAACGUGAGCGGGUUGGUCGCGGCUCCCAUGACGCCCUCAUCAGGUACAAGCACACCUCCAGGGAUCAGCACAGCCCCCGUCCCCAGCAUAGCCACGCCUAUCGGAGUGAAUGGGUUCAGCCCUCUCCCACCCCAGACCAAUGGGCAGCCAGCAUCAGAAACCAUUUAUACCAAUGGAAUUCAUCCAUACCCAGCUCAAAGUCCCACUGUGGCCGAUCCCCUCCAACAAGCCUACGCAGGCAUGCAGCACUAUGCAGCAGCAUAUCCAGCCGCCUAUGCACCAAUCAGCCAGGCCUUCCCCCAGCAAGCUCCCAUCAUUCCUCAACAGCAAAGAGAAGGUCCUGAAGGCUGUAACCUCUUCAUUUAUCACCUGCCCCAGGAGUUUGGGGAUGCGGAGCUCAUGCAGAUGUUCUUGCCUUUUGGCAACGUCAUCUCUGCCAAAGUCUUUGUCGACCGUGCCACCAACCAAAGUAAAUGCUUUGGUUUCGUCAGUUUUGACAAUCCAACUAGUGCUCAGGCAGCCAUUCAGGCCAUGAACGGCUUCCAGAUCGGCAUGAAGAGGCUAAAAGUCCAGUUAAAGCGGCCAAAAGAUGCCAACAGACCCUACUGACCCCUGUUCACUUUGGCUCUGAAAACAGAUGGGAUGCUGAGCGGCGUAUGAAGAGUAUUCCCCUUGUCCCAUUUGCCGUAUCCAGACUUGUAACUCUCUUUCUUUGCAACAUAUCACCGACGAGGAGAAGGUGGAAGCAGAAGAGUAGGAAAAAGAGAGAGAGAGAGAGAGACGCUGGCGAAAUCCAGGGAGCCAGUUUGGUUGCGAUUUCCUUCUUCAUUUUUUUUUAAAUUGCUUUUUCAUUUCUCUUCGGAAUCUUCAAAUCGGUUGGGAGGGGUGGGAGUUGUCUCUUUUCAAAAGCAAGAGGAAGCGAAGAGAGUUGCGGCGACCACAUCGGACAAGAGGGAAAGAGGCGUUGACAUUUGCCCAACGCAAAACUCCACGACGAUGACGCGGGAAGAGGCCGCGGAAGAAGACUUCUUUCUUUAUUUUGCAAACAAAGUUAAGGAAAAAUCCCUCCUGGCAAAAAGGAGUGGGAUUUUGCGAGAAGAACGGUUGCAGGCGCGAAGCCUGCUGGUGGGACCAAUCUCUCUCUGAAGCACUUGUCUGAUGCUCGAUUUCGGAAGAGGGAGGCCAAAUAGAUCUAAACCAAAGCCGGUGGGUUUGGACCAGGCCUAUGUGUUGUUACACCUGGGUAACACUUUUUGUUUUCCAAAGGGGUAAAAAAGAGGUGGGUGUUUUGGGGUGUUUUUUUUCCGCAUCUAUUUGGAAUAAGAAAAGGAAACUAAUUGAUUGCUAAAAGGAUGUUGAACUUAACAGAAGAUAUAUAUAUAAAUAGGUCUAUAUAUCUAUAAUCCCACGGAUCGGGCGCUGGGGCUUUCUCUACCCCACUUUGUCCUAUGUCCGAGGAGAUGGGAUUAACUUCUUUCAAAGUCAUAUCAUUCCUUAGAGUUUAGGGACCAAAGGACUAUUGCUUUUUUAAAAUAUAUAAAUAUAUAUAUAUAUAUAUAAAUGAAUUAAUUUAAAAAACAAAAACAAAAGGUUGAAAAAAAGAAAACUCAAAAGAAGUUUAAAAAAAAAUUACGCAAACGGGGGAGGGGGG